GUGACCACAACGACGUCGUGUGACACCCUGGAGGUGUAUCCCUCCAGCGUGCGGUGUCUCUGCUUCGGUCUGGCCUUCCAAGUUCCAGGCUCCGCGUUUCCUCGUAGAUUUGUCCUUCCCACUCCUUCCGUGCCUUCGGUUCGAACUUCGAACCCUACCCCUUCGGCGUUUGUUCUUCCUCCUCCUCCUUCGCAAUGAAGCUCGUCAGGUUUUUGAUGAAGCUGAACAACGAGACUGUUUCAAUUGAGCUAAAGAACGGGACCGUUGUCCAUGGCACCAUUAUAGGUGUGGACAUCAGCAUGAAUACUCACCUGAAAACUGUGAAGCUAACACUGAAAGGGAAAAAUCCAGUCACUCUGGACCAUCUCAGUGUUCGAGGCAACAAUAUCCGGUAUUACAUUCUUCCUGACAGCUUGAAUCUUGAGACAUUGCUGGUCGAAGAGGCACCUAGAGUCAAACCUAAGAAGGCAACUGCUGGAAGGGCUUUGGCUCGUGGUCGGGGUCGCGGCCGUGGUCGUGGACGUGGUCGGGGGCGAUAGUCGAGUUGCGGUUGGGUGGAAUGUUUUUGGGUUUGGUGUAAACAAUUUCUGUUGUAACUGGAAUUUGUGUAGCCAAUUACUUGUGGGUAAGCGAGGUGUAGCUGCUGUUUAUGUUUGAAACUCCAUUUGUUUAAAGCAUAUUCCGACAGGGAGUGUUGUGGUUCGGGAUUUGAGUAAUUUUGUUGCUCUUAGGAGUGGGAACAUACCGGAGAAAGCUAUAUACUUGUCUUACCUGCUUGAUGAACUGUCCAGUUCGAUCUAUGUUGCAAUUUGGUGUCAAUUGGCUGACCAUCAUAUUUCUAUGUUCACUAUAGUGUAAUAACUAAUAACUAUGGAUGCAAGGGGAACGGAUGUUCGAUCUAUGUUGCAAUUUGGUGUCAAUUGGCUGACUAUCAUAUUUCUAUGUUCACUAAUAAUAUUGUGUAAUAACU